GAAUUCCACAAGCACAUCCAUUGUUGAAGGCACUAGAAGCAGGCUACGGCAGGAUGGCGGUCCUGCAAUCAUGUAGUAGCCCCGUGGAGGAAAUGAUAGUCGGAGAAGCUGAAGGAGUCGGAGUAGAAGUCAUAGGGCUCUGACGAGGACAGCCUCGCUCCGCUGCAUCGUUCGACAGAAAAAAUGACCCCGCCCACAACUCGGCGGAGAACGUCACGCAUGGCGUCUCCGGCUCCAGGUCGUGCUGCCGUAAUUGCAGCUGGCGCACUACAACUACUUCAAGCAACCACGACUCACGCUGCUGUCCUGAAAACGAGUAGAGUAGCAACUACAGCAAUUCGACGCAGCACCCCAGAGGACCAGGUUUUCACCAUUCAGCGAAUCGGCACCUAUUCGCCCGACCUCCCGAUUACCCCCCACGACCCGAACGCGAGGUGUCUGUCCGUCGGCGAAUACAGCACGCAAUAUUAUGAAUUGCAAAAGUACUACCGUACUAGUAGAAGUCGCAUGACAAAUUUCCGUAGCAUGAUGAGAAAUGGAAAUUCUCAUGCGGAUUUACCUUGACGAAGAAAUUUGUAUUGCAUGCCUGCAGUUAGAAGUACGAGUACGAUCCUUUUCUUUGCAAUGCAUAAAUAUGAGAACAUCCCGAUUUCCUUCGAGCCGUGCGAAGCGAAGACGGUUUUAGACGGCGUAGCAACUGAUGCGAACUCACUCGACGACGAAACAAAACAGUUGGUCGAUAACUUAGCGAAACAAGAAUGGAGUUUCACGGUGUCGGGGCAGUUACUAUCAAAUGCAAAAGCAUCGUACUCGUACUAAUCGCAGAUAUGCAUGACAAGUCUGAUUCCCAAGGUAAAUCAGCAUGACAAAUUCCAUUUUUCAUGCUGCCGAAAUUUGUCAUGCGAUUUAUACUAGAACGAUACUUUUGCAAUGCAUAGUUGCUUUCCCAGUACUAUUUAAGGAAGAUGAACGAGCGGUACUGUGUGAGAAGAAUCCAGUGCGAAGUAACAUCCACCGUCUACGACGUCGGACCCUGUGCGGAGGGUUUGGACGAACAAAGUGAGCCGAGUUACUCGGCGGGGAGUGCAGCGGGUGCAGCAACCUCCUUCACCUUCGUGCAGCCACAAGCGUCAACGAACGGAAACGCGGCGGGAACUGGGACAGUGGUGUUUGAAGUGAGCACGCCUGUCACGGGGCACGGAGACUCGGAUUUGAAACCAAUCGGGCGGUAUGGAGAGGGGAGAAUGUUUUGUGUAUUGCGGUUCUCACAAGCACAACGACUUCAGUACCGAAAGAUUCGUCAGAUUUGGCCAACAACCGGUCGAGACUUUUUGAGACUAUUUGAGACUUUUUUCUGUGGCCUAGUCUUGCAUUUUGCGUGAAAUUUUGCAUUUGCAUGAAAUUCUGCAUUUGCGUGAAAUUUUGCAUUUUUUUGUCUGUUUUUUGCAAAAAGCUGUAGUGCGCUCCUGUUUGGCUUUUUUCAGAGCAAAAAAAAGUCUCACGAAGUCUCAAAAAGCCUCAUUUGAAGCUUGUCUUUUUUGGUUUCUUCUCCCGAUGGUAUGGUUGAUUUUUGCCUUCUCAGAUUCGCGAUUUUUGUCGUUUUUCAAAAAAACGCAUUUUUUCAUCUUUUCCUAGCUCUACCGCGCCUGAUUUGGGCAAAACCUAGUUGAGACUUUUUGAGACUAUUUGAGAUUUUGUUCUGUAAUCUUCCUUUCGUAAAAUGCCAGCGUCCCGUCGUGGAUACGCAAUUUGUCUUGCAUUUGUGUGAAGUUUUACAUUUUUUUGCCUGUUUUUUGCAAAAGGCUGUAGUGCGUUCCUGUUUGGUUUUUUUCAGUGCAAAAAAAAGUCUCACGAAGUGUUAAAAAGUCUCAACUGGCGUGUCCGUAUUUAAGCUUCUUUCUCUGGUGGUAUGGUGCGUCUUUGCCUGGUACAGAACUGAAUUCUGGUCAGGCCGGGGGGCUAAGCAUGGUGCCUGUUCUAGCAUGACACAGGACUGAGUUCUGGUCUGGGCAGGCGGCUAAACAUGGGACCUGCUCUAGCCUGACGCAGGACUGAAUUCUGGUCAGGGCAGGGGGCUAAACAUGGGACCUGCUCUAGCGUGACACAGGACCGAAUUCUGGUCAGGGCAGGGGCUACGCAUGGCGACUGUGCUAGCAUGACACAGGAUUGAAUUCUGGUCAGGGCCGGGGGCUAAACAUGGGACCUGCUCUAGCGUGACACAGGACUGAAUUCUGGUCAGGGCGGGGGGCUAACCAUGGUGACUGUUCUAGCGUGACACAGGACUGAAUUCUGGUCAGGGCGGGGGGCCAAGCAUGGUGCCUGUUCUAGCAUGACAAUCAAAGGACUGAAUUCUGGUCAGUGCGGGUGGCUAAACAUGGGAUCUGCUCCAGCCUGACACAGGACUGAAUUCCGGUAAGGGCGGGGGGCAAAGCAUGGUGCCUGUUCUAGCGUGACACAGGAUUGAAAUCUGGUCAGGGCGGGCGGCUAAGCAUGGCGACUGUUCUGGAAUGACACACUCCCUUCAAAUUUCAGAUAGAGCGCUGUGAGAACUACUACAACUGCACCAAAUUUUUCCCCUCCAUACACCACCCCUGGCUGCGCUCAACAUGGAGCCAAGCUGCUCUUCAUGCGGCCCCUACAACGUGAUCCAGUUUUGCAAGACCGGCGCUAUUCAGGGCCGAGGAGUCUGCUCAACAAUGGGGAAGAAGGCGAGCUACGUUGGUACUAUUGAAGAUAUAAAAGUGUUUCAUAUAGCAAUAGCCGCACGUGACAUCUGUCAUGCAAGCUGUGGAAUGCAAGCUGUGAAUCAAUGUUUCAAAAAGAUAAAAGAGUGAGUAAGCCAUCAAAUCUUUAUCAGGUUGGACCCGGCUCCGUUCGCACUGGCUCCCGCCACCCGACGCAAAUCCCGGCGUACUAUCAAAUGUAAAAAUGUCUGGGUCUGCGUCUGGAAGAAUGCAAGACUUGUAAUGCUGAACUCGCAUACUCCCAAACUCUGUAAUGCGUCUUGCGGAAUAGCGGUACUUCUGUGUCAUGCAAAAACGCAGUUUCUCAUGCGUGUUACACACCACAGGGACCGUUCAAAAAUCUGUCAUGCUCGGCUGCAUACUCUAGUCAUUUUUUCAUUCGUGCAUUAGCAUGACAAGUUUCCAGACCCAGACAUGUUUGCAUUUGAUACGUACCGCUUCUAGACAAGAUCGAAUCCUUCACACAAGCCACCCGGCAAGACGGUUUGCAACCAAUCAGCACCCCGGUGUGCGGGUCCAAAGUGUCCGACGGUGCGGACACGGAGUCCUUUUUCUACUUUAUGAAAUCCGAGCAAACCGCGUCGGAAAAGAUGUUCCCCGGAGGAGCGCCGGCGCAAACCGCGAGUUUCGCUUUGACUCCCGAGUUUCCGGAAUACGACAGUGCACAACUCCACCUCCCCCUCAUUUGUAUUGCAUGAACAGCAAUACAAACGCCAGCAACCCUGGCGCCGGUGCAUGACAAAUUUAUGUACCUACUGUAGUACUGUUUUGGCUUUCGAAAUUUGUCAUGGAAACAGUGGCACAAGGAAGCGACUGGAUUUGGGAUUUUGCAUGACAAACGAGGGGGCGGGGGAAUUGUGCACUGUCAUUCGGAAAGCAAGCCGCUCACCAUGAAAACCUCGGUUGAGGCGGUGCCGAAGAAGUUCGAGGUGCAGGUGGAGACGUGAUAGAGGACGAGGAGGGGGCUCGGGUUUUGAUUGCAACAUAAAGAUGAACUGUACCGAACAAGAGACGGCGUUUUUUCCACAGGCACAAACGAAACACAUCUACAUCAUGCGUGCCUGCAACACCUAGCAGGAGCUACAGUACUAGUUCCAGACUCUCUUUCCCAG